CUAUGUUCGUCACCUUGUGUUACUCCUUUUAGUUAUUUAGCGCGUCAUGAUUGGCCGCAGCAAUGCGCUUUACAGGUCACGCCGUUCUUUCCGCCGGUACAUUUGGGCCUUGAUUAUUGUCUUUGUUUUUUGUCUCUGGAAUUCUAGCACAGUCACUUGGAGGAAAUCGGCAAAUUCAGAAGCCGACUUGGAGCCCUCCACUUCAAACCCAUCGCCGGAAACUGUCGAGGCGAUAAUCGAAGCAGAGUCGCCUCGCGCUGGGCGGAUCAAUGUCCGCCAUUCGCACUCUAACCUAGAGCGGAUCUGGAACGCUGAAGCUCCUCACAUCGUUCUUUCACCCCAUUCUGAUACUCAGCCUCGUACCAUUCACAACCACAAUGUUGGAUCCUCAGUGGGGGGCGGCUCUAUGCUGACCACUGAUGAUGACACCGAAAAUCACGAUCUAGACGGUAUUGAGAAAAUCGAAGAGCAUCGGAACGAAGGCGGUAUAGAGCAUGCUACAAAAUUAAGCCACCCUGACGAUGACGGUAAUGCUGGAUUCGAGUCUGGAGAUAUCGCAUCUAACGAAAAUGCUCAAAUUCCGAUUAUAGACGCAAAGGCCAAGGACGACGCUGAUGAUUUAGCUCAGUCUCAGGAUAUCAAUGAGAGCCAGGCACCCGUUGAAAAAUUGGAAACCCAGACACCAUGGUCAGAGCAUUACGAGUUUCCUAGCUGGGACCAAUGCGAAGAACUCAAAGAAAAGGCCGAAGGGCUUCCAGACCUCUACCAUGUCCCUUUUGAAGUCUCCGUGAAGGAUGUGGUCCUCGAAGGUUGGGAGGAUGAAUGGAUUUCGAAGGCGCGUUACUCAGGCCCGAAACUUGACGAGCCUAGGAUUGAUUUUGUGUAUACAUGGGUAAAUGGAUCACAGCAAGAGUUGGUCGAGACUAUGAAGCCUUAUGAACUAAAUUCCUCACUAAACGACGCGGAUGGAGUCUGGAUUGGAUCGCAUGGCUCCAACAGAUAUCGCGAGUGGGACGAGCUCCGUUACUCCAUGCGCAGUGUCGAGAAAUACGCUGGUCAUUUCACGAACCGAAUCCAGAUUCUCGUAAAUGCGUUCAAGAAUGCCAAGACGGAUGAUUCAUCGCCAACUACGUAUGGUAAGCAAUGGCCUCACUGGUUGAGGUCUGGUAUAGAAAAAGUUCAGGUCCUUAGUCAGGAAGAAUUUUUUGGAUCCGAGGAACGCAAAUGUUUGCCGAGUUUUGAUUCUCUCACUAUCGAGAACCAACUCUACAACACCAAGUCCGAAGUGGAUAGACUGUUUGCGCUCUCUGACGAUAUGAUUCUGGGCAAGCCCCAUUCAGCGUCCGAUAUAUAUUCGCCACUAUUCGGCCCUACUCUUGGUUUCAAGACCAAUGCAUACAACACAUUACAGCCUCCUACAGAGAAAGACGCCGAACGCUUUGGAGAAAAGCCCUUUUUAAUCUACACGUCCUGGCUUCUAAACCGUCGGUUUGGUGCCCGCAAGCGCAAGGGUCAAGUGCACUUCGGUCACUCUCUCUCUCGGAGCAUCGCGAGAGAGGCAAUCACUAGCUUUCCUAGGCCAGCUUUGAGAAGUGCAUAUCAACGGUUCCGAGGUGAGACUGGCUUUCAACUCUACUCGUGGUAUAUCAUCUUCCAUUACACCAUGGAGAGACACCGAGAGGCACUGCUUUGGAGCUACAUUAUGAUGCGAAGCGACAGCAACAAUGAUGGCUACUUAGACUGGAAUGAGCGUCAGAAUGUCAUGAAUGAUCUAGCAGAGGGUUUGAGUAAUGAACCCCCAGAGACAUUUCGACGCCGCAUGUACUACCACGUCCAGGACUAUCUUGAACAAGCUGGACUUAAACCCCCAGUUGUGAACAAUGAUAUCCUCUGGACAUCUCUGGACGGACCGAUAAUGACCAAGGAUUUGGACUGCGAUGCAUUUGAUACGGAAGAUUGUUUGGCACCGGGAUUUUCCAUAUCAUCCAGCGAUGCUGAAGCACGCAGCCCCAUAUUUUCUACAGCAACAAUAUUCGAUCGAGUCACACGUGAGUCGCCACGCUGUGGCGAUUGCCUGAUCAAACUAGUUCUAAACCGGCAACGAGCCGGGCUGGAGCCUCUUCUACCUCACCCUGUUCAAAAGGCCAAACAGCGGGAGACUGUGAUUAAAGCACUGAUCAAAUUCCAGUACACGGUUGUCAAUCCAGAUGCCAUGUUCUAUAUGAUCACAGAUGCGGAGCAAGCGGAGCAUGUUUUGCUGAGGCCAUAUCUCAAGCAAAACAAGAAGGCUGGCCAAAUCUGUUUGAACGAUGAUGUUGUCACUUCCAACAAACAUGAUUUGGAACAGCUGAAGACAGUGAUGAACACAUUUUUCAAUGGUAUAUUACCAGAAGUCUCUAGCUACGAGGUGUAGUUUGCACACGUCUUUUUCUUUUUGUAAAAUACCAAAAUAGUACAACAAUAGAUUUUCUUCGGUUUCUGCAA